AUGGAGGUAGUGAAAGUAGAGGACUCAUAUGCAGAGUUGAAAUUUGGACCGGCGGAAGGUGACCCAACCAGCAACUUUGAGUACUAUGCUGUUCUUGAUCCAGUCAGUGACACAAACAUGUACGGAAAAUGUAUGAAAAGGGAGGAGGUGAAUAUCGAGUCGGCCUGGGGGGCAUAUAAUCUCAUGCCCGCAACAACGUACCACUUCCGCCCAUCAGCCUGCCACCGGAGUUCCUUGAGGUGCACGGAGGCUGAACCGAUUACUCUAAAAACAUUGGAUCCAGGUGAGCCAGCGUGCGUACUGUCACAUAAUUUUGUCUACUUUGGCCUUGUUCUUCUUUUCGUGAGAUUCCCUCUGAUCUUUGUGCAUACACUAAGAUUAUACACAUACACUUUGUUCUUUAUAAUUAUAAUGGUUGAAAACGUAAGCAAACAAGCCAACCCCACUUCCAUAUAUUCCUACGCACUGCCUUGGAGCAAUUGUUUGAGGCCUCCAUGUAAUACGCAUACGCCCGCGGAACAGGCAAAAUACGGUUAGACUUAGUAAUAGUCAAAGAAGCAUGAGUUUGGUCAGACAUAACGUCCCUAGACUUUUAUGCAAUCUGAUAUUCCCCUCAAACACAAAUACUAGUUAGUGAUGUUUGGAUUUUACCUAACAAAAAAAUUACGCAAUAAUAACUUGAAGUUUGAAAUAACGCACACAAGCAGCCCAAAAAGUGGUUACGGCUACAAACAAGAAGUUGACAGAUAAGCUCAUACAUACGAUUUUCACUGAAGCCGUUUCAAUUUUAGAGGAAAACCGGCUCUACGUUGCUCAACUGCAUAAUUCCAGCGCCUACCUCGUCUGGAAAUCAAAUGUGUCUAGCAACGACUUCGAAAAUCACUAUUUUAAAUUUCAUUCGGCUGACAAUUCCCUGGAAGCCUUUAAAACACCCGUCACUUCAGGACUCUUCAGUGGCGUGCUUAACGGCAUAACACCUGGUCGUACUUACAUCAUGGAAUGGAGCCUUUGCGAUAAACAACAGUGCAGUUAUUUAAGCGACUGCGUUUUGUACUCGAGAAUACAAGGUAAUUCACAUUUCUGCAUGGCAAUUCAUAAAUCAUUUCUUAAGUGCUCGAAAAAUUAACAUUUCUAUAUAAUUGAGUUUUGUAAAGAAUCUAAGACAGAUUUAUGCAGGCCUUCAUUUAACAUGGCUUGAUUUAAAUGUGAAGGUAUCUGGCUUUGCUUCCAUUCAUGCUUAUACUAGUGCUGCCGCACAUAUAUCCCGUCAUAUAUAUAUAUAUAUAUAUAUAUAUAAAUUAUGACAGUGGGCGCUCGCCGAUCAGGUUACGGAACAUGCUCGUUCCGCUGUGCCUUGGGGCUCAUACUAGAACCCUCACAGGCAGUCGCACAGCGACUAGUAGUAGACAUAGACGAGAUGGAGCGGACAAAGAUAAGGGAGACCGGAAUGGCCAUUUCUGGCUUAUUAGCCGUCAUCAGCCAGUCAUACCCAACCCCAAGUGUGGAUCACUUGAGAUUCGAACCCGGGAUCUUUGGUCAUGGAGUUUGACGCACUACCAUUGAGCCACGGGCCCGUUGUCCUGUCGGUUGUGAUCGGGAAUAUCAAUUAUGACAGUGGGCUCUCGCCGAUCAGGUUGCGGAACAUGCUCGUUCCGUUGUGCCUUGGGGCUCAUACUAUAACCCUCGUAGGCAGUCGCACACCGAUCUAUUGGCUUCAAGAAGCAAACAAGCCCCGUAUGGGUGGCAAACGUCGCGAACAGGCAACCAAUUACCAGGCCGAGGUCGGCUAAGUCAUAAUAGCGGAGAGGAUGUACGACAGAAUCUAGUUCUCCCAUGAUUAUUUUUGGAGUUGCGUAGUUUACAAACAGGAGAACCAUGCACGACCUGUUUUUAGAGCGAUUUGUCCCACGUAGCCCCUAAUAGAAAGCGCAAUCGAAUGGGAAAAUGGGAAGGUCCCAUUUAACGCUGUAUGGGCAAAGAUCCAUUAUAGGUUGGGUCAUAGAUUAUGCAAACAUAAAUGAUUAUGAAUUUGGGCAAAGUGGUUGUGACUUAGAACAGGCUGGCGUCGAGUGCCCCACUUGCUGAUACCACGUAUUGGGAGGAAGUCGCUGGAUUAGGUAUUUACUUAACUUUGUGAAUACUCAAAAAUCGAACAGUAUUUUCAAACUUCAGCUCUUAAAAAUGUUGUCAGACCGCUGCACUCACUUAUCAAAAUGAAGAAUAAGUCUUUUCAAAAACUCAUUGGGAUUGCCGAUGCGUAGAUGGGAAAGAGUGGGACUUGUUGGAAGAUUACUUUGAUCUGACGAUAUUCGACUUGUCAUUUAUGCAUGGAUAAUUUAAGCGGAUUCUUCUUUAUCGCAGAUGUAGUCAUAAAGCAAUGUAUACGCAGUUUCGACGCAAUCAUCGCAUGGGUCCAACUAAUUAAAAACAUCGAUUCGCUCACAAAUAAACUGAGAGAUUCUGCUUUAAUGCUCAUUUUCGUCAAAUGCAUUUCCUCCUCAGGCGAGACCUUUGGUAAUCUGUCUUAUCGCUGUUGACACGUUCUGACUGUACGCGUGUUUGCGCAGUUUCAUAACGCUUGAUUCCAUGUCAUCAGCUAAAAGGGCUCCUUACUUACUUAGGUGUCAAGCUAAAGCAACCGACAGAUGUUACACAAACAAGGGCGCUUGUCAACUGGCAAGUGCUUUAUAACGGAGAGGAGGAAGUGAGCUACGUCUGGGUGUACGCAGUGCCAGUGGACGAGAAAUUACCUCAGCAACAAUGCGCUGUCAAAAACAAGCAAGGAUGCACUCUGGAACACCUGCGACCCGACACUGAGUACUACCUCAUGGUGAAAGCCUGCGAGAGCGCCGGCUACUGCGCUGCUUUAAACAACCAAGCGAAAAUAAGGACGGCAAAACCCUGUAAGUCAAUUCUCAGGCAAAUCUCACAGUCGUCAAUGAAACUACCCUACAGCAUGUGAAUGAGCAUUAGGUAGUCAGCGAUGAGAAAUAGAGGGGAGUGUCUUAAAAAACAGUGUAGCCACACACACACAACUGUAUGAACUAUGGAAUCCACACCAGCUUCUCAAUCGUAAUAAGACUUUUCAAGUUAGAUAUCUUUUCUCUUAUCAAUCGGUAAACGGACAAAAGCAAAUUAGUCAUAUGAGAGACACGCACUGACAUCUUAGAGUGAUCUUCAUCUGGCCAAGACGGGCCAGAGGGCGUUUGUGCGUACUUGGCGAUAGUUCCAACACUCCGACCUGCGGGCUGCCGUGACACGUAUGCCGACUAGGAUUCGCGACGGUCCGAUUACAGCUCUGUGUGUCAUGGCCGUCGAACUUGCCGACCCCCGUGCACUUCAAUUGUCGUCCGAUUCGGCCCACAUGACCGCGACAUCAGUUAACUGGCCUAGUAGCAUGAAUUAGUUGCGUGCAGGUUACACACAGUCAUAAGGGCAUCUUACUUUUCGCCUCGAAAUGCAUGUUUUCUUGUUGCUGUUGUCCCCCACAUUCCAGAUAAAAACAUAGUGCGACUCAAGCUGUAACUACCAGUAUUAUGAAAGUGAUUUAUUUUGCGUUAUGCUUCCUCUAAAAUUUAUCUUCGAAUAAACAGCCGGCUGGGUUAAGCGAUAUCACCGUUAAGAAGAAUAAACCGACAAAUUCCCUCUGUGCGUAUAACGGUGGGACGAAAUAAAUGAAAGCUUCGCAUGCGAAUUUGGUUUUUUAGCAUCCCCAGCAAGCGUAAAGAUCGCCUUUGGAGCUAAUGCGCUCCCAAUGACAGAAAAUGGCUCUUCUUUGAUACAGGCCUGUUUAGUAAACUCGCUUUAGGGGAGAUAUAUACACCUAAAAUACAAGAGCAAAACAAAUCCUACUCAACUGAAAAUAAGUGCACGAGAAAGCUUCACCGUGAUGUGAUUUCAGCAGCAUGAUAAUUAACUUAUGAUUGAUCUUUAAGGUAAGAAAGAUGCGAAGAAAAAAGUGAAGUAGGCACACACGUUGGGCUCGGUGAUGUUGACCUAAGUAAAAGGACAGUAUACUUAGUGCAAAAAACCGCUUGGUCAUAUAUUCUGUGCGUUGAUCGUCUUUUUUGAAUUCCCAGUCAGAAUGACCCCUGCUUUGCCCUUUUACAGAUAUUUUAGAGUCCCCACGCGAUGCCAAGGUUACUAAUGUCCAGGCCACAUCCUUCUCUCUGAUCUGGGCCAAACCGGUGGCUGACAAACAUAAUUCUUUCGAAUACAAGGUUUCCUUAAAAACACCAGAUGACCCAUCGAUCCCGGAGAGUAGCUUCAUUUGUGAAACAACCUUGGCCAACGGAAAUGAGAUUUGCCAAAUUAAAAAUCUACACACAAAUUAUUCAUAUUCAGUCACGCUGUCAGUAUGUGCAAAAAUGGACAUGUGUUCUAAUGCUGGUGCACCAAUCAUCGGCAAAACUGCAAUCAAAGGUGGGUGUCCUGGUACUUUAAAUAUUUGAAAUUACAAUAAAGCGAUAAACAUAUAUCGCUGGAGGCUUUGUUUCGUUAAAGGAUUUAAAGUUGUUGUGCGGCAAUUACAGGAAACAAAAUCUAAAAUAUCGUUUGUCCGUAAGACUAAAAGAACAUUCCUGCUGUUAUGUUUUGCAGCUCAGUCUAUUUCCGCAAACUCGGAAAGCAAUGAGAGAAAUCGUCCGGGGUUAACGCGGUGGAUUUAGUAAAGUGGCCAUCAACAGACCGGGUUUAUGGUAACGUGUGCGGUUAAGAUUAAGCAAUUUAACGUUUUUGAACGGAGUACCUGCAAUGUGAACCACAUGGUUUCAGCACAGCAUGUUUGUAAGUUGAUCGAUUCGGCAGAAAGAUAAAAGUAGUAAUGCCAUACAAGCGUACGUAUAAAAACGUAUCCAAACGCUUGCUCUUAGUUUGCACACAUUGUAGGCAAACUACAAAUAUCCGGACCAGCUUUCCUCUGUCCCCGCAAAACCCGUUCAAAUAACACUUUUAUCAGGUUACAGACUCUUAAUUGUCAAAGCAAAUGUAAUUUACUUUAAUACGAGUGGGAGGUGGAUAAUAAUAUUUCAGCAUAGUCACAGGUCAGGUGUAGACUGGUCAGGGAUCGAUGCACCGGAAAACAAAGUAUGCUCUUUAAGGGUAAAUAGACUGUACGGCAUUCUAAGAUUUUCGUGGAUGUUUAUCGUACCCAGUUUCAUGCUACGCUUACCUUGUUCCUUUUAUUAUUUUGAUGAAUUCAGAAGACAUCGAAAACGCACAGCAUCCACCUAGCGACUUAUAAUCGAUACUCCCGUUUGCCUCUCGACAUUUACUAUUUAAAAACCUUAAUCUAAGUACAUAAAAAUACUUAGGGUGCCAACUUGACUGUAAUAUGAACAUGUCAGGGCGGCCUUAUUGAGGCUAUUAGUUUUCACGUUGUUUUAUACCCUUUUAUAUGACAUUUAUAUUUCAGAUGGGUACGUUCUAAAAACCACGGCAAUUGGACCGCAUUUUGCCACAGUGAGCUGGUCAAGCAGCCAAACGAAGCCGGACGUGGAGUUCAGAGUUUUGAUUGACUCCUCAACCACCGCGGCGUGCACUUCGGCAGUCUCUGUUGGCGAGCAUACCUGUCAAGUCAAGGGUCUGCUGCCUUCAAGGAGCUACACUUUUAAACUCACCGAAUGCCAGCUGAGCACAGGUUUUUGUGUGGACCUAUACAGCUUCCCCGUGCGUACAACCAAUGACGGUAGGUGAUUCGACAUAUAUAUAUAUAUGCAUAUGACGGGGAACUUUGUCUUGAUUAUCUGACAUUUGCAAAUUUCGACAGGACUAUUAGGAGCAGGGAGUUGUUUUUUUGAUUAACGUAAAGAUAAAUAAGGAAUGAAGGCGAAAUUUCGAGUUCCAGGUGUAUACAUAUUUGAAGAAGAAGAAGAAGAAUCGAGCACCGGAACAAUUCGUUUAUUAUCCUGAGCUUUCAGACUCGUACAGGAGUCCAUCGUCAGAGGUAGUGGCAGAAACAGGACAAGCGGCAGUUAUAAGGCACGUAGACCCAAUCAUUGACCGACGUCGCACGACUGGAGGUGACUACGAAGGGCUCUGGCCGCCCACACCUACGAAAUGGGUCACGAAUUUGACUUCGCAGCCACCAAAAUAGUUGCCCACGCCGGUCGAUGAUUGGGUCUACGUGCCUUUUAACUGCCGCUUGCCCUGUUUCUGCCACUACCUCUGACGAUGGACUCCUGUACGAGUCUGAAAGCUCAGGAUAAUAAACGAAUUGUUCCGGUGCUCGAUUCUUCUUCUUCUUCUUCAGAUAAAUAAGGAUUUAGGCAUGGGAAGCGGUGUGCGUAGUUACGUUUGCCGUGCAUGUUUUCCGCCGUAUUGGCAGCUCCCUGCAAAUAACCUAUAGGGAAUCAGCUCCGCUGGUAAACCCUGCGUGGAUCAAAUUCGUCGGUUUGUCCAAGCGCUUAGUUUCUUCAUUUUGCUGUUACAUUUGUCUAUUUGCGCAUGCUUAAACUCUGUUACAAUCUACGGAUUUUGGUUAUUUCAUAAAGCAAACAAGAACAAGUAGGGCAUAUCACACAGACGACCGGCGAAUUUUCUUAGAUUUUUAUCCGGCGUAAGAAUUCCCCUACUUUGGUCAGUUUUUGGAUCUUCUGUUGGUGUUGGUAGUUAACAAAUAACCGUAUACUAAGACAGUGCUGUUUUCGCCGGUAAAUUCUGCUGUAUAUUUGAUUGCUUAUAUGUGAGAACUUAAGAGCCUCAAAUAUGCUAUGCGACAUGCCAGCGAUACCUAACCAAAUUACGCUAGAGACGAUAUCUGAAGCCUCGGUGGUUGUGUCGUCUAUGUCAUGCAGUAUGAAUAUGGGUGAUGAAUGUCGAAAAACAACAAAAGCACCGUUUUUAAUCAGCAAAUUGCAUAUAAGCAUAUAGUGACUAAGGUCUGGCUAUAAUUGGUUGUCGAAAGAAUUCCAGUACAAACUGACGGGGCCUUUCUAAAAUUUGAGACAUGCUGACCUUACCUAUUUCUCCCAACGCACUGGAACGCGACCACAAAUAAACCUCCCUGGUGCAUUCGUUCAAAUUUAUAGUUGCACAGACCGCUUUUAACGCCUUGAUAAACACAAUGAAUGUUAACUCAAGCGUUUCAUUUAGACUUUUACCGUGAGAAAUCUUUUGAUUUACAUGUACUUACAGCACCAGUACAAGAAAUACUCGGCGAACUAGCAAAGGAAAUAACUCAGGCAUCUGCGACGCCUACUGACGCGACCAGCCAAUUGAUGAUUCGAGUUUCCUACUCAAAAUUGACCGCUCCCGAAAUUGGCAAUCUUAAUGGCGUAUCUGUUGUGAUUACGCCUGUUGAGGAUAGCGGCACGUCAGACGGUCCCAACUGGUCAUCCUCCUUCAUUUAUUCUGCAACGUCAGCCAAAAUGCCCCAAAUUGUUGGUGGGGUAAGUAAAGUUACCGUUUUAUAGUCUGACGUUUGACUAAUAACUUAACCAAGCAGCAAUCCUUUUCUAAUGAAUUCAUGCAAUCCAAAAACAAUAUUAGUUGGUCGAUUAAAAUGCUAAAAAAAUUGCAUUAACGGCCAUAAUUUGGAGUUAUUCAUAUUAAAAAAGAUAUUUACCAAAAUUGAAAAUAAAUUCUUAAGAUUAAGUGCCACACCACUUUUAAAACGGUUAUGAAUCUUAAGGUGUUUUGAUCUCUCUUUGAAAAUGAUGGACAGAGCAUAUAAAAAACCCUUUAAUGAGUUAGAAUUUACAAAUGAACAUUUAUUAUCUGUGAAAAUUUGGAUGAUUACACUGUUAUUCGUUGUUUUCUUGAUAUGACUGACAAACGUAUGACAAGGCCACAUUUUAACCUAUACUAUUUUUGAAGCAUACAUAUGACAGAGACUUUAAAUCACUAUAUGACAGUAAAGUAGAGAAACAGAAAAAAUAAAACCCGUCUAUUUAAAUGUUUAACUGCUUGACAAGGUUUAUUUGAAACUGUCAAAAAAGGUAUAAAUAGCAUGCUGUGUUUAUAAUUGGACUGCUUUCGACACUUUUCCAUUCUAAUUAAGCAAGAGUAUAUAGAGAUAUUCUUAAUACUACGCGGUUUGCGGAGAUAUUUGGCCCGUUCCACCCAACAGUAGAUAUUCUUCUGCUGGUCGCAGAUUGCUUUGUUCUAUUAAUUAGAUCGCUUGCACUCAGCGUUAUUCACGAGUAAUUUCGAAUUAUUAGUCAAAUCAGACAAAUAAUGUCUGCUCACGACUUGCUUAAGCAUACAAGGGAAGCUAUUAAAUUUUUGGUAAGAUGUGGUUUGGUAGCUCCACCUAAUGGGGACAAUACUGUUGGGGUUAGGGUAAAGGGUUAGUGGUCGGGGUUUAGGAUAAAGGGGUAAAAGUUAGGUGUAAGGGUUAGGGGUUAGCACAACUUUCCCUUAAUCAUUGAAAGUACAACCACGCACUCCCAAUAGCUUUUCUUUUGCAUACAACUACUUGACUUCCUCCCCUGUGCGUUUCCCGGUUCCACCUGUAAAAACCCCCUAUUACCACCGGUACCGUAAUAGAGGCGACUAGGGUUUAUUUACUUCAGGUGAGGCCAGCAAACCACAUCCAACCGAAUUUUUAUGCUUUGAUUGCCAAUGUUAUUCAGUCAAGUAUGUUACUGAACUAUAAUCUAGUGGACUUAGAGUCGCGUAGAAUGCUUCGUUUUGUUGUGUUUGAAUAUCAUUCGAUUGGCAAAAUAUUCGAAAAUCAUGUCAUACUGUGUGUUAAGCCAGACAUUGCUAUUAAAUGGGAGCAUUACUAUAUGCUAGGAUGGUAAAAUGCAACCGAAGAACAAACGCACAUAUUGUUUCUUCCAAGCAUUACUUCUAAUUGUUAGUUGUCACCCCGAAGUGUAAACUAUCAUCCAAUUAACUGGCAAUUCCACAAUGCAGACGUAUAUAGAUCCCAUCGACGGCAGUUGGGAGUUGAGACUGCCCAUGCCUGAAGCGGCGACUGACUCAGGACUGCCCGAUGAAAAUGUACUUCUGGGUGCAGGCCUCGGAACCAUGAUCGACAGCCACGAUUAUAACGGCCGACUUGCCGCGGGGACUACAUUCGUGUGAGCAAAUAUACUCUUACUUUCCAAAUUAAUCGCAUGCUCCUUCUAGACCUUCCUAAUUCAAAAAUUGCUUUUGAUUUUCAAUGUUAAUAUUUGAAGGAAUAGUUCCCCGGAAUGAAUUUGAAGCAAGCAAGGACAGCAGAAUUUAAUGGUACCACAAAAUUUCGCGACCGCUUCUGUCGAAAUUCAAACCUUUGUACCUUUUUCACUUGUUAUUUCUGUUAUGCAACGACCGGCAGCAGUUGAGAAGCGGUCGCGAAAUUUUGUGGUACCAUUAAAUUCUGCUGUCCUUGCUUGCUUCAAAAAUGUUAAUAUUGCUUCAGAAAAAUAUGCUUCCGUCCAGUGAUAACAUGGGUAAAAAUAAAAAUCACGUGGUUAACUAAUCGCUACCUUUUGAUAGGGCUAUUCGGCCUUUGAGCACUGGACGGACUUCUUUACCUUCGCUCAUUUUUAUAAUAAUUGUCAAACGUUUUACCCCUUGUGUCCUUGUUAAUCUUCAGGUUUUCUGCAUAUAUGCCAAUUGUUUGCAGUAUUAAAAUGUGCGUUUUUAAUUAGACGCCCUGAUAAAUUUCCUGAAAAUAGUUGCAAGUAGCUGUUGAAUUCAGUAUACGGAUCAGUUAAAAGCCUAUGAUAACAACUGUAAAUAAAAUGGAGUUAUUUAGUGUGAAUUUACUUUACGCUUCUUUGUGAGCGGAUGUUCAUAGGAUAAAGUCAAAUAGCUCUCAUGAGACGAAUAAAAAACGGUACCCAAAAUCAAUAGUUUUCUAAGGUCAAGUGAAUUUAAAAAUUAAGAUAGUAAACUGGCUUUUUAUGAAAGGCAAAACAGCAGUUUAACUGGUGUUUUGGCGUCGCAGGAUCCAACUGCGGGUGUACACAGAUUUGGGCGUCGGAACUACGGCCUCCACAAAAAUGUCAACCGAAGGUAAUUUUAUUACUAGUCAUCAAAAUGAUUUAUCUGUCGUGUUCGUGGCAUUUGCUACAUAUUCACUAUGAUUAUGACUUCAUUAUUAGAAGUAAUCACCCGAAAACCUGACCUAAAAGAUUCAACGGUUUACAGGACAUAUAGUACACAAAAAAUAUUACAUUUUAAGUAAUUAUUAUCAAUGAUGUUUAUUCGAAGUUAUUACACUAACUACUUUAUAGUAUACUGGCUUCUGUUGUGACGGCCAUAUGAACGAGUUUACAAUCGCUUCAUACUGUGUUGGCACUUUUUACUCAUUGCUUUGAUGUCCUUAUUUUGCUCUAGGUAAACUGACGGACUCGGAUCCAUAUGGAAAUGUCAUCGCCAUUGCUGUCGUCCUUGCCGUACUUUGCGGGCUCUUGAUCGCCCUUGUCAUCCUCCUUGUUGCAAUCGUGCGCGGAAAUAGAACUCAAAUGUCAAGGUCAGCUAACCGUCAAAUGAAUGACGAGUAA